AUGGGUACCACAAACGGAACCACCUUUGAAAUCCCCAAACAAAUGAAAGCCAUCAGAUACAACAAGCUCAACGAUUUCUCCCUCGUAACAAUCCCCGUCCCCUCGCCCAAAGGCCACGAAAUCCUAGUCAGAGGCAAGUUCUCUCUUAUACUAAUUCAAAAAAAAAAAACAGGAUCAAAGCUAACAACCGGUCAGUCAAAUCCUGCGGCGUCUGCGGAACGGAUUUGCACAUUGCACACGGUGAUUUUGAAUCAGCACUCACACAAGGAAAGGCGGUAGUGACAGGUCAUGAAACUAGUGGUAUUGUUGUCAAGAUUGGAGAGCAUGUUAAGGGGUUUAAGCUUGGUGAUAAAGUUACCGCGGAUAAUUCGGAGUUGUGUGGAUAUUGCCAUUAUUGUCGUCAGGGGAAGAUGUUGUAUUGUGAGAAUUUUGUGGCGCAUGGUGUUCAUAGUAAGUACUUAUCGCAAUGUUUGCCCACGGCGUAUUUCUGAAUGAGAAAACGUAUACAAUACCGGGGUUCAAUCGUAAUUUCUGCCUGGAAUACCCAAUACAUGUGCAGAGUUUGUGUAGGGAUUAAGAUCAUAAAAGCUAAUAAACUUUCAUCAAUAGUUGACGGUGGAUUUGCUGAAUAUUGCGCAUACCCAGCCGAAAAGCUUUUCCAUUUCGAGAAUCUAUCAUGGGAGGAAGCCUCGUUAUUCGAGGCCGCAUCAUGCGCAGUUCAUGGCAUGGAUAGAAUUCGUCCUGAAGUUGGUUCCAGCAUCUUGCUCAUCGGAGCCGGCGCCACUGGUUUGUGUCUCGCUCAACUACUGAAAGCCAAUGGCGGAGCACAUAUGGUUCUGGCAUCUAACGAAGGUCAGUAAAAGGUUUCUGAAACAGUCAUGGACCAAUUACUAAUUUUGGACUGUUUAGGACCUAAAAUGGAGCUUGCAAAGAAACUCAAUUGUGCAGAUGAAUACAUCGAGUUGAGCCGGACAGAUCCAAGCAAACAAUGGGCUGCGCUGAAAGCAAAGUAUCCAUAUGGCUUUGAUGUGGUUGUCGAGGCAUCAGGAGCUCAUUCAAUGCUUACCAUUGGGCUUGAUAAUGUUACCAAAGGUGGUAAGCUAGUAUACUAUGGUGAGUCGAAUUCCAUAUCACAACUCUCAUCCACCCAAAAAAGCCAUUCUAACCUCGGUGCCAAAAUUCAGGCGUGUAUUCAAAGGAAGCUUUGAUCAGUCUGGCACCCGCCAAGAUAUUCUCCGACGAAAUCACAAUGAUUGGGUAAAUCCAACUGCAGUUAGGUAACCAACAACAGUGCUAAUCUUAUUAUAUAGUUCCUUUUCUGAAAUGUGGUGUCUACCCAGAGCAGUACACUAUUUGGAAACAAGAAAGGUUGAUGUCCGAGGUAUUGUGACGCACCCAUUCAAGCUAGAAGACUUCGGAAAAGCUUUGGAAGCUGUGAAGAAUAAGACCUGCAUCAAGGCAGCGAUAGUGUUUGAUUAG